ACGUGCACCUAGUAAAUGUCGUCACUGAGUCUCGGGGAAUACCGCUCUAUUACCAGUGUUCUCUCGGCAAGUGAUCGUUUCGGACGUAGCGUAGAAAAUCUUGACCUUAGUGAAGCAACAUCGGAACCGGUUUCUGAAGCGAACCAACUGACGGGAGUUGCUCAAGCAAACACUGACACAAUGUCCAGCAUCAUCAAAGGCAUAAAGGCAGCUUUCGGAGACGUGGAGAUGACGCCCUACGUAGUGCUGGUGGAGCGAGGGGGUUACGAAGAAAGACGGUAUCCAGCGAAGAAGUGGGUCUGUACUUCGGCGACUGGGAUGGAAUACAACGAGUUGAUCUCCCCUAUGUUCAGAAAGCUCUUCAAUUACAUAUCAGGCCGGAAUGAACCCAACGUGAGGAUAGACAUGACCUCACCAGUGACGACCUUUGUUGAGCCAGGGGCAGGACCCACUUGCGAGUCGACCUUCACCAUGGGAUUCCUUAUUCCUGAAGAGCACCAGGCAGACCCUCCUCCAUCAGGAGAUAACAGUAUAUUCAUUGAAGAACGUCCAGCAAUGGUUGUGCUAACCAGGCGCUUUGGUGGUUACGCCUCCGACGAAAUUAUAAUAAACGAGGCCAAGGAACUGGCAGAGGAGAUCCAGCGACAGAACGAGCCUGGCGUCAAUUACAACCAGUACUACAUCGCUGGAUACGAUCCUCCCUUCAAACUCUUUGGGCGCCGCAACGAGAUUUGGUUCGUCAAGACAACAACCCAGGAUGUCAACGAAGCAGACUCGUCGAAGCAAAUGGAGAUCUCGUCCGUCGACAGCAAAGACCUCAUCAAGAACGGUGAUGUGAUCGCCGACAGCAUUCAGAGCAAAGUAGAGGAAGCACUGGGAUAUCAGAUAGACAAAAAAGUUGAAGAGGAGUAAUCAGAGUUCAGUAUUUUGGCCGCCAUCACUGGAGAAUGGCAGCUGCAGUGUUUAGAUGACUGAUGAUUGAUUAUUCAUUAAUGAAGAGAAUCCCAGAAUGCGCAGACAAAGAAAAAAACUGCAUCCUGAGUCUCAUUUGUUGUGGGAAAGGGAUUGUGAGUUUUUGUCAUAUUUUAUUUAAGGUUAUUUAAGGUGGGAAAACUUAGUGGCCUUACGUAUGUAGUAGUAAAGUGUAGGUUUAAUAAUCAAACACAAGAAAGACGUGAUCAGAGACAACAGUGAUACAUAUCAUGGAACUUUUGUGUAUUGUCUGAAUCUCCUUUAUUCUGCAACUAAGCUUAACCUGGAAUGUUUGUGUUGUUUAAGUUCCUGUAGGGCGUUAUUCGUAUGUCCUUACUCUACGAAGCCAUAUGAAUGGCAUUUACUGAAUUUUAUCAUUUGGGUAUGCUUGGGUACCUACACUCCCGCAUGGAGAAUGUAUCCAAAAGGUGAGAAAAAAAAACUGGAGCUUAAAGACACAAUUCACUGUGUACAUAUAGAUCAUUUAAUCAGCCGCUGCCACAAUCAUAUUUUAUUGCUGAAUCAUAGAUGAGAUCCAUGUCGCUUUAUACAGUCACACAGGAAGCUUAUCAGCAGCAUGUGGAAACCUCCCAUACACACUGCAUCACAUACGCACACUCGUUCCUCCUACAUGUCGGGCCCUUAAUUUCUUGUGCCCUUUCAUUAACUUCAACUUCAUCUCUCCAAAGUUUGCUAGGUCUUUUCUUCUUCUUCUUCUUCUUCUUCUUCUUCUUCUUCUUCUUCUUCUUCUUCUUCUUCUUCUUCCUAGAUUUCGGGGCUCUUACUUUCUUCUGCCCUUUCAUUAACUUCCACUUCAUCUCUCCCAAGUUUGCAAGGUCUUUUCUCCUUCUUCUUCUUCUUCUUCUUCUUCUUCUUCCUAGAAUUCGGGGCCCUCACUUUCUUCUGCCCUUUCAUAAACUUUCACUCUAUCUCUCCAAAGUUUACUAGAUCUCAUCUCCUCCUCCUUCUUCCUAACACUUUUGAAUGACACCCUUUCACUUACAUUUCACCCUCCAUUCUUUCAUAAUGUUUGAGCCAUCUCUCUCUCACGUUAACCUCUUUACAACUACUACUUACCUCCCCGUUUCUCACCAUUUCAUUCCAUCCUAAUUUCUCUUUUGUUUAUUUUCAUGCAGCAUCCACAUUUAAUUUCCGGCGUCUCUUCCGGAAUUUUUCUGGCACACAAUCUGCUGCCUUCCAUGUUUAGCGUAUACCGUAACACCAUAUGUCUCGUCCUACUAUUUUCCGUUUUUAUUUACCCUUAUGUCUUAUAAGGAUAGUUUGCUUCCAUUUUUCUAACAUGCAAAUUAAUAUUACUUUCUCCGUCAUCUUGCUCACAUUUACAGUACUCUCAGUAUAAUUCUUUUGCUAUCAACUCUAAGCUACAUUCUGGAGAUUCUUUUCAUUAUCGUCGUCCAGUAUCCCACUCAUGACCAAUUUUCCUUUCCCACAACUUUGCACACAAAUAUGAUUUCUCUCUCUCUGGCUUUACCUCACCCUGUCCGUGAAAAUAUUAAACAAACAUCAAGACAUAACACUUCCUCGUCGCUGACUCAUUGCUACACCAAACUAGUCACUCUCCUGUCGCAUAGUCUUCCACGCAUUUAAUUCUCAUCAGAUAAAAACCUGUAAUCCCAUUCAACAACUUGCCUUUUAUGCUAUUUAUCCUCAAUACCCUCUAUAUUGCCUAAGUCAGUUCAGCCAUAAGUUUUUUCUCCGUUUAUACAUGUUAAUUACGGGUUAUUCGUUGUUCACAUAAACGUCUCACAUUAUUGCUAUCUAACUUAUACUUGUCCCACACAUCCUCUUGUUUGCUGAAUUCCACACUGCUCUCCCUCUAUCAGUCCUUUUCUCCUUCGUCUUGACGAUUAAGUCGGAAUCAUAUCAUUCUUCGAAGUCUCCUCUACUUUUUCACCAUUCUACACAGAAACUCCUCUCACCCAUUCCUCAGGAAGCUUUACCUCAUCCAGGCACAUUUUACAACAGUGGUCAGCCAUUCAGUAGUAUUGUCACCAGUAUACUGAAGCGUCUCUACUAAAGUCCAGUUACUCUUGGUGUCCCCCCCCAUUCAUCAACUACUUAAUUGCAUUUGAUAUCCCCAUAGAAAAUCUUCUUAUAUACAAAGUUUGUGCUCGUCCUCUUCCCUCUUAUUUUAUUACAAACUCCAUUUCCCCUUGUACUUCUCGACUAACCUACCCUUCCUCCAGUAUACCUAUGCAUUAUCAUCUCCACUAAACUUCUUAUUAUUUCGCCCCGUGUCUUAUCACUUUUAUUCCCACUUUCUACCCUCUCACACCCCAAGCCUUCCCGACUGACACUAACCCCUUCGACAGUUUCUAUUCUCAACCGCUCCCUUCUUUGCGUCAGGUUUUCGUCCAUUUUCUCUCUGUAUUGUCUCUCAGACAUCAUUUUUAUCAAAAUAGUUUCUCUGAAUUUCUUUCACAUAACAUUUUCAACAUUGCUCCUCCAGUGUAAGCCUCUAAUUGCUUUAUCCAAAGCGAGAGAGUUAGUAGGUGUACUCCAGUCACUCUAAAUAUAACCACCGUGAACGUGUCCAUCCUUCCAUUCUGCAUUAAGCGCCUCGGUGGCGUGAUUGGUAUGGUAUUAGUGUCCCACCUCGGUGGUCGCGGGUUCGAUUCUCGGCCAUUCCAUUGAGGAGUGAGAGAUGUGUAUUUCUGGUGAUAGAAGUUCACUCUCGACGUGGUUCGGAAGUCACGUAAAACCGUUGGUCCCGUUGCUGAAUAACCACUGGUUCCAUGCAACGUAAAAAAACACCAUACAAACAAACUACUCCGCACUGACACAGUGUAGUGCCAGACUUUUUACCUCACCAUCUUUUCUCGCCUAAAUAUACUUUUGAAUAUUUUAUAUAUAACACCCAAGAGGAAUUAAAAUGAAAAGUGCAUCUGCCCUGGCCAGGAGGCAAAGUCGGACCUUUGGUUUGGAUACAACGAUUAACAGUCGCCUUUGGCCACUCGGAAUAUAUAUAUAUAUAUAUAUAUAUAUAUAUAUAUAUAUAUAUAUAUAUAUAUAUAUAUAUAUAUAUAUAUAUAGCUCAAUGAUGAACAAUAUUGCCAAGACCAGGAGGGACAUUCUUUACUUAACGAGCUUUCGAGGUAUAAUACCUCAUCAUGAGGCUGAAGAAUUGACAAGGAUCAGAAAUCACUAAAAUUACAAUAAAAUGAUUGUCUUACUAAACUCUCCAGUGAAAACAACAAAAAUAAUAAUAAAAAAAACAGCUCAUACAAACUAAUGAUUAAACACAAAAUUUCCUAAUUUUAUGUUUAAUUUUGUAGUUUACUGAAGAUUUUAGUAAGACCAUUCAUUUCAUUGUAAUUUUGGUGAUUUCUUAUCCUUGUCAAUUUUUCAGCCUGAUAAUGUGGUUUUAUACCUCGAAAGCUCGUUAAAUAAAGAAUGUUCUUCCUGGUCCUGGCAAUUUCAUUUAUCAUUAAGCUAAGAUUUCCAAGUAGCCACCCAAUUGCUGAGACUAUGUGCACUAUAUACAAUGUUUUUGGAAUCUGCUUGUGCCAGCCUUUGAUUUAUACAAUUUUUCUGUUUACAUGUGAGUAUCUACAAAUGCAGCAUGUGUGUGUGUGCAUGUGUACUUUGUGGAAAAUGUUGACGCGAUUAUUGUCAGAAGUUUAAGCUGUAGGUUAAGCAUUCUUCGUGUUGUGUACUGAUCAGUGCUUUAGUUAUUUCAUUCUACUUUGUAUUCGCUUUUUAUCGAUAUCUGUGAUCCACAUUUCUUCAUUGUACAGCCACUUGUGUGGCCCAUGGCCACUCCCAGUUGAGUGUUUUAUUUCCGUAGCGUUUAAGACAAAUGCGACACAGUGAUAGCUCAGUGUGAUACGUAUAUGAAAUAGGAUUUUUACGAUGAAUUAAAUAAAGUACUUUUAAGGCAGAUUGAUUAAUUUUAUACAAAGAGCUGACGUUUGUGUAACCGUUUAUUACGGUAAAUAAUUGUUUUUGUCACGAAAGACUGUUAUGCGAUGCUGACAGAAUCACAUUCGGGGGUUGUUGAGGGAGGGGACAGUUCAUAGAUCAUAGACCAUAGACGUCAGCGUUUUAAGGAGUGAAAUUGCCACAAAAUGUGGAUACUUCUGGUGCUGUUUUUUUUCGUGUACUGGUGGGUUUGCUUUUCCAGAGGGAUAAGGACGGGUUCCAUUUUAAACAUUUAGCGGUACACGUUAGGUUUUCCUUUGCAAACUGUACUAGUACCUUAUGAAAGUAGUGAGGUGCAUAUUGAGUGGUUUCUCUUAAUUAUUUUAUUAAAUCUGUCACAUUCAGUAAUUUACCAUCUUUUCAGCUUUGUUUGCUUGAUAUAUGUUUGUAUAAAAAAUGUAUAAAGUAUCUUUAAACUAGCUCUCUCUCUCUCUCUCUCUCUCUCUCUCUCUCUCUCUCUCUCUCUCUCUCUCUCUCUCUCUCUCUCUCUCUCUCUCUCAAAUUCGCCAUGCAUUCUGUUUAUGACUAUAGUAAAUGUUUGCCAUUUUCAUUUCCUUUUUCCAUGGUUCAUUCAUUCCCACUAAAGACAAGUAUGACCCACACUUGUAUCAAAUGGAAAUGAGAAUGUACGUGAACUAAGUUCUCGAAGGAACUUGAGUCGUGUUAAGAAUGAAAAAUCUUGCGAAAGGUCUUCAUUUCAGCGUCGUCACUUCCUGCCUUCUGAACUUGACAAUCCCGAAGCUCUCAUGGCGGGACGUGGUUUUGCUUACUCGAGUGUAUCGAGCAGAUCUGGAUGAAUAUUAUUAAACUGGAUGUUGAUUAAUUUUUGGAUCUUGAGUAUUUCAGAGCGUCGGUUCACGUGUGAUUGUUUUAUGUCCUUUUACAAUAAUAUUUUCUCUGCAAAGUUUUGAUUUUUUUUCUGAGGUGCGGUAUGUUGUAGCCGUCUUACUGUCUCUGUAACAUACAUCAUAUAUUUUUGUAAAGAUUUGCAGCACAUUCGAAAUCACACGUGAUAUAAUAAAUGUUAACGGACGA